AUGACAACAUAUGGCGCUAUUCUUCACAAAGGCUCUUUCUGUCGGAACUCUUUUAACAUCUUGGAUCUUCUGGUGGUCAGUGUAUCUCUCCUCUCAAUGGGCAUGGAAUCCAGCGCCAUCUCAGUGGUCAAGAUUCUCAGAGUGUUGAGGGUACUCCGGCCCCUAAGGGCCAUUAACAGAGCCAAGGGACUCAAGCAUGUUGUCCAAUGUGUGUUUGUUGCUGUCAAGACCAUUGGAAAUAUUGUACUGGUCACCAUGCUACUGGACUUCAUGUUUGCCUGCAUUGGAGUUCAACUUUUCAAAGGCAAGUUCUAUACUUGCACAGAUCCUGACAAAAUGACUGAGGAAACAUGCAAAGGCUGGUACAUAAAGUACCAAGAAGGAGCACUUCAUGAAGUGGAGAUCCACAAGAGGGAGUGGACCAACUCAGAACUAAACUUUGACAACAUCCUUAAUGGCAUGCUGGCUCUUUUCACCAUUUCUACCUUUGAAGGAUGGCCAAAGUUACUAUAUAAAGCCAUUGAUUCAAACUUGGAGGACAAAGGCCCAGUGUACAACAACCGAGUGGCCAUCUCAAUCUACUUUAUCAUUUACCUCAUCCUUAUCGCCUUCUUCAUGAUGAAUAUAUUUGUGGGCUUCGUCAUCGUCACCUUCCAGGAGCAAGGAGAGCAGGAGUAUAAGAAUUGCGAGCUGGACAAAAACCAGCGCCAGUGUGUGCAGUAUGCUCUCAAGGCCCGACCGCUGCGAUGUUAUAUUCCCAAAAACCCUUACCAGUAUCAGGUGUGGUACAUUGUCACCUCCUGCUACUUUGAGUACCUAAUGUUCCUCCUUAUUAUGCUCAACACCAUGUGUCUGGGAAUGCAGCACUGUAACCAGUCAGACCACGUUACACACUUGUCUGACAUGCUGAACGUGAUUUUCACUGUGCUCUUCACUGUGGAGAUGAUCCUGAAACUCAUGGCCUUCAAAGCCAAGGGUUAUUUUGGAGACCCAUGGAAUGUCUUUGACUUUGUCAUCGUCAUUGGAAGUGUUGUUGACGUGAUGCUGAGUGAAAUUGAUGCAGCACUGGCCUCCUCUGGAGGAAUUUACUGUCUCCAUGGCUGCACAGCAGUGGAUCCCAUGCAAGCAAUUGCGUCCUCUGAGAACAUGAGCGUAUCAGUCACAUUCUUCAGACUAUUUCGAGUCAUGCGUCUAGUGAAACUUUUGAAUCGUUCUGAAGGAAUCCGUAAUCUUCUGUGGACCUUCAUCAAAUCCCUUCAGGCUCUUCCCUACGUGGCCCUGCUCAUUCUCAUGCUCUUCUUUAUAUAUGCUGUGGUUGGAAUGCAGAUAUUUGGUAAAAUUGCAUUGGUUGACGGCACAUACAUCAACAGGAAUAACAACUUCCAGACAUUCCCGCAGGCUGUACUACUGUUAUUCAGAUGUGCUACGGGGGAGGCAUGGCAUGAAGUAAUGCUGGCGUGUAUGUAUGGGAAGAAGUGUGACCCCAAGUCGGACUACCUGCCUGGGGAAGAGUACACUUGCGGAUCCAACUUUGCCAUCAUCUACUUCAUGAGUUUCUACAUGCUAUGUGCCUUUUUGAUCAUCAACCUAUUUGUGGCUGUCAUCAUGGAUAACUUUGACUACCUGACACGUGAUUGGUCUAUCCUUGGUCCCCAGCAUUUGGAUGAGUUCAAGAAAAUAUGGGCAGAAUAUGAUCCUGAGGCCACGGGACGUAUUAAGCAUCUUGAUGUGGUGACACUCCUGCGAAGGAUUCCUCCUCCCCUGGGUUUUGGAAAAUUUUGUCCUCAUCGUGUCGCCUGCAAGAGGUUGGUCUCCAUGAACAUGCCUCUCAACAGUGAUGGAACAGUCACCUUCAACGCUACAUUGUUUGCCCUGGUUAGAACUGCACUGAAAAUAAAGACAGAAGGUAAUUUUGAACAAGCCAACGAGGAACUGAGAGGAAUUAUCAAGAAGAUUUGGAAGCGUACCAGUAUGAAACUUCUGGAUCAAGUCAUCCCACCUAUAGGAGAUGAUGAAGUGACAGUGGGAAAAUUCUAUGCCACUUUCCUGAUCCAGGAUUAUUUCAGGAAAUUGAAGAAGAGACAAGAGGAGUACUAUGGUUACCGGCUCACCAAGAAAAGUGCUACCAAUGAGAUACAGGCAGGGCUGAGGAACAUCGAGGAAGAGGCCGCUCCAGAGCUUCAUAGAGCCAUCUCUGGAGACCUUGUGACUGAAGAAGAAAGAGAACGAGCUAUUGACGAAGCUGCAGUGGAGGGCAUCUUCAGGAGACAAGGUAGUCUCUUUGGAAACCACUCGGACCCUUUUUCUGUGGAAAGUGAGUUAGGCAAUGCCAGCCAGCCCACGAGCCAGAGGCCUCUUCAAAUGGCAGAAGGACUCAUCAACAAUAUAAAUAUCACCAACAGCAACAAGAGUCACAGCUUCUAUUGACAGUAAGUUGGAAGAACUGGCCUCCAACAGUUGAUGGCUGCCAGAGUACUUCAACACCAUGACCUUUGACUGUGGCAAACACAGAAAUGCCAGGAGCCUCAACAGAUACAAAGACAGAUUAUGAUGAAAGAGACUGCCAAGGCUGCCAAC